CGCUGCAUAUCCGGGUUCUCGCCUCCGCCUCCGCCGCCGCCGCCGCCUCCGCCUGGCUCAUUCAGCUUUGCUGGGACCGGUGUGUUCCCGACCAAGAUGGCGGCUGUGGGGCGAGUCGGCUCUUUCGGUUCCUCUCCGGCGGGAUUAACCUCGACUUACACGGGCGGUCCCUUGGCCAACGAGCUAACCUCGGGCAACGGCGGCGCCGCGGCAGGGGACGACGAGGACGGGCAGAACCUUUGGUCCUGCAUCCUCAGCGAGGUCUCCACCCGCUCGCGCUCCAAGCUCCCCGCGGGGAAGAACGUGCUGCUGCUGGGUGAAGAUGGAGCUGGAAAAACAAGCUUAAUAAGAAAAAUUCAGGGAAUAGAGGAGUACAAGAAAGGAAGAGGAUUGGAAUAUUUGUACUUAAAUGUUCAUGAUGAAGACAGGGAUGAUCAAACAAGAUGUAAUGUAUGGAUCUUGGAUGGAGACCCGUAUCACAAAGGCCUCCUUAAAUUUUCACUGGAUGCCAUUUCUCUGAAGGACACUCUAGUUACGUUGGUUGUUGAUAUGUCAAAGCCUUGGACUGCUUUGGAUUCUUUACAGAAAUGGGCAAGUGUUGUUAGAGAACAUAUUGACAAAUUGAAAAUUCCUCCUGAAGAAAUGAAAGAAAUGGAACAAAAGUUGAUUAGAGACUUUCAAGAAUAUGUAGAGCCAGGAGAAGAUUUCCCAGCUUCUCCUCAGAGAAGAACUACCGCAUCACAGGAAGACAAAGACGACAGUGUGGUUUUACCUCUGGGUGCAGAUACACUUACACAGAACUUGGGCAUUCCAGUACUAGUAGUUUGCACAAAGUGUGAUGCCAUUAGUGUGUUGGAGAAAGAACAUGACUACAGAGAUGAGCAUUUCGAUUUUAUUCAGUCUCAUAUCCGGAAGUUUUGUUUACAGUAUGGUGCAGCACUUAUUUACACUUCAGUAAAAGAAAACAAAAAUAUAGAUUUAGUAUAUAAAUACAUUGUUCAGAAACUCUAUGGAUUUCCCUAUAAGAUUCCUGCUAUUGUUGUGGAAAAAGAUGCAGUAUUUAUUCCAGCAGGGUGGGAUAAUGAUAAGAAGAUAGGAAUAUUACAUGAAAAUUUUCAAAUGUUAAAAGCAGAAGAUAAUUUUGAAGACAUCAUAACUAAACCACCUGUCCGAAAGUUUGUGCAUGAGAAGGAAAUUGUGGCAGAAGAUGACCAAGUGUUUCUUAUGAAGCUACAGUCCCUUUUAGCAAAGCAACCACCAACUGCAGCUGGAAGGCCUGUGGAUGCCUCGCCAAGAGUCCCAGGAGGCUCCCCUCGAACACCAAAUAGAUCUGUGUCGUCCAAUGUUGCCAGUGUGUCACCCAUCCCUGCUGGGUCAAAAAAAAUUGAUCCAAACAUGAAAGCUGGAGCUACAAGUGAAGGUGUCCUGGCAAAUUUCUUCAAUAGUUUGCUGAGUAAAAAGACUGGUUCCCCAGGAGGCCCUGGUGUUGGUGGUGGUAGCCCUGGAGGUGGGGCUGGAGGUGGAAGCAGUGGUUUACCACCAUCUGCCAAAAAGUCAGGCCAGAAGCCUGUCCUAUCAGAUGUUCACGCGGAACUAGACAGAAUUGCACGAAAACCAGUUACAGCUUCUCCUGCAACACCCGCAUCUCCUACGGAAGGAGAAGCUUCUUGAAGAUACCAAAUAAAGCCAUUUAUUCAGUUUUCUGGGAUAAUGUAAACUUGCCUCUGCCUUCUCCUUCAAAAGUGGAAUUAGGGAGCUGGAGUGCUUUUUCAGAUGGACUAAUAAAUUCAUGUCUUUUUUGUGUA